UCUGAUGAAUUAAGUGGCAGUGAAUUGAGACCGGAGGGAAUCUGGCCCCUAGAGGCUGGUACUUGCGCCCCCAAACCCCAUCUCCAGCAGACAGACUGUCCGAGGUAAUUGUCGGCCACGAGUGCACAUUCUGAAAACAGGAGAUUUUAGUUCCUAAAAAUGGGAAGAACCUACAUUGUAGAAGAGACUGUUGGCCAGUAUCUUUCAAACAUAAAUCUCCAAGGAAAGGCUUUUGUCUCUGGCCUUUUAAUAGGACAGUGUUCUUCACAAAAGGAUUAUGUGAUUCUUGCCACUAGAACGCCCCCCAAAGAGGAACAAAGUGAGAACCUCAAACAUCCCAAAGCUAAGUUGGAUAACUUGGAUGAAGAAUGGGCCACAGAACAUGCCUACCAGGUAUCCAGAAUGCUACCAGGGGGACUUUUAGUUCUUGGAGUAUUUAUUAUUACUACUUUAGAACUGGCAAAUGAUUUUCAAAAUGCCCUGCGUAGACUAAUGUAUGCUGUGGAAAAGUCUAUAAAUAGAAAGAGAUUGUGGAAUUUCACAGAGGAGGAGGUCUCAGAACGAGUGACACUUCACAUUUGUGCUUCUACAAAAAAAAUAUUUUGUCGAACUUAUGAUAUGCAUGAUCCAAAGGGUUCAGCAAGACCAGCAGAUUGGAAGUAUCAAAGUGGAUUAUUAUCCUCAUGGCUUUCUUUAGAGUGUACAGUUCACAUUAAUAUUCAUAUCCCACUUUCUGCUACUUCUGUCAGCUAUACUCUGGAGAAAAAUACAAAGAAUGGACUUACACGCUGGGCCAAGGAAAUAGAAAAUGGUGUUUAUUUGAUUAACGGACAAGUUAAAGAUGAAGAUUGUGACCUAUUAGAAGGACAGAAAAAAUCUUCUAGAGGAAAUACUCAAGCAACUAGUCAUUCUUUUGAUGUCAGAGUGCUAACGCAGUUGCUCCUGAAUUCAGACCACAGAUCCACAGCCACAGUCCAGAUAUGUAGCGGUUCUGUAAACCUUAAGGGUACUGUGAAAUGCAGAGCUUAUAUCCACAGCAGUAAACCCAAAGUUAAAGAUGCUGUGCAGGCAGUAAAGAGGGAUAUAUUGAACACAGUUGCUGAUCGUUGUGAAAUACUAUUUGAGGAUCUGCUUUUGAAUGAAAUUCCAGAAAAAAAAGAUUCUGAAAAAGAGUUCCACAUCCUCCCUUAUCGAGUCUUUGUUCCCCUUCCUGGAUCCACUGUAAUGUUGUGUGAUUACAAAUUUGAUGAUGAGCCGGCUGAAGAAAUCAGGGACCAUUUUAUGGAGAUGUUGGAUCAUACAAUUCAAAUCGAAGAUUUGAAAAUUGCAGAGGAAAUAAACACAGCUUGUAUGAGUUCCUCUAUGAAUAGUCAAGCUUCAUUGGACAACACAGAUGAUGAACAACCAAAACAACCAAUUAAAGCUACAAUGUUAUUGAAAAUUCAGCAAAACAUAGGUGUGAUUGCAGCAUUUACAGUUGCAGUGCUUGCUGCUGGUAUCUCCUUUCAUUACUUCAGUGAUUAGGGUGAGGCACAAAGAGUUUCUUGAUCAUCCAGAGAACAUUGACAGAUAAUUAUGAAUAAUAAAGAUGUUAAUCCAUCUGUAUUUAAAACAGUAGCAGUCAGAUCUGCUGCCAUGAUGCCUAUUUGAUGUGUUUCUGAUUAAAAUGAAAUCACAAGCUGCCUUGUUUAGUCUGCUUUACAUUGUAGGUGGCCCACAUUUCCAGAAAUAAAGUUAUGCAUCUAGAUGGAAGCUGCAUGUAACAAAUCAUUAUUAUUUUUUAAAAGGUUCAAAAUGAUGGGAUAUGAUCAAGAUUUUAGUCUUACUAAUCUGAAUCACAUAUUAAUCAGGACAUUAAAAAGUUGAACAGAGGCAUGGUGGCUCACACCUAUAAUCUCAAUGCUUUGGGAGGCUGAGGCAGGAGGAUCACCUGGGGCUAGGAGGGAGUUGGAGACCAGCCCGGAUGACAUAAUGAGAUUCUGUCUCUACUGGAAAAAAAAAAAAUUAGCUGGACAUGGUGGCAUGCAGCUCUAGUCCCAACUACUUGGAACUACUUGGAAGCUGAAGCGGGAAGAUCACUUGAGCCCAGGAGUUUGAGGCCGCAGCGAGCUAUGAUCGCACUACUGUACUCCAACCUGGGUGACAAAAUGAGACCUUGUCUCUAAAAUAAAUAAGUAAAUUUAAAAAGUAAAAAAAAAUAGUAAUUUGAACAGUCAAUGUUGAUGCAACGUCUUAGUAAUAGAGCACCAGGAGAAAUUUCUACCAAGUGAAACAACAACCUUACAAUAAGCUCAUCUUCUAGGAAUUUUCUGACGUGCACUCAGUUCCUAUAUACUGUGUGUUUUGUUCUGAUGAAGGGGUAGGGAACCUUUCCAGAGAGGUCCCAUUAGUAAGAAAUGACAUAGAAUAUGUACUUUCUCAGGUUACUAUAUAACUGUUUUAGUAUACUUAAUAUACAAAAUAAGACUUUGCUUCCAGCAGGUAUGUUAGACUAGAUAUUAUAAAACAACUAGAUCUUGAAUAAAAUCUGCUUUUGAAUAGGUUCACAGGAAGUAGGAGAACUUUCAAGAACCAUACUUCUAUACUUCUACCUUUCCUCUGCCACAAGAAAUGGAUGCAUUUUAAGUUAGGAGUCAUGAAUACUGUAUUGACCAUACAAGUGGACUAUGCUUGUCUGGAUGGCAGAUACCAAUAGCAACACUGCCAUAUUCAGUUUGCCUCAAAUCAGAAACAAGAA